AUGUUUGCAGACCAAAAGAAGGACACUUACCUAUACAACAAUAUUCUCAACAAUACAAACCUGAAUCCACACCACUCCACCGACGAUAAGCGGGACGACGUUCAUAUCCUCGACGUUAAACGAUCAGAUACAAUGUCAGAUCACAAGAAAUGCUGCUCCGUCAAACCGACGCUCAAGCCGAUUCCACCGCAUAUAACCAUCUGUCCGCCGGAUGAACAAGACGUCAUAGGGUUCGAUUUCUUACAAGAUGAUGACGUGGAUAACGAUGUGUUUCAAUCAGCAGAAAAGGCUACACCCCUGUCUCCAUCACAGUCGCAAUCUGAAGAAAAACACAAAGUACAUUCAGGAAGGCUGUAUCUCAUUUGCCACACAGGAAAUAAUUAUGUUUUAUCACCCCCAUCACGAUCGCCUGUCACAUCUCCAACUCAAUCCCCCAUCAUGCCUUUCCAUUUCCGGGCCUCCUCGCCACAUUCGUCACAACAGUGUGCGUCUCCCAUCUCGUCUCCAUCUUCUUCGCCAACACCCCCAUCUACCUUAAAAGUAUCCGUGUUUGUGAGGGUGUAUCGGUGCAACAGUGAGCACUUUGCCAUCAUCACCCGGGACCCUAUCUACACCAGCAAGCCGACCUACAUUAACAUGCGUCACUCCAGGGUCAUCCCCGGACAUUGCUUGGGCCGGUUUAUCGUUGCAGGUCAUUGCGACUCUGGUAAUGUCAUUGAAUUCGAAGUUCCCGAGUUGUCUUCUUUGGAGCAGUGGCUGGACGCUUUCCAAGUCUACACUACCGCUGUCUCUCCCAGUCGCACACUUAGUGGAAGCAGUAGCGGAAGCGGAAGCGGGGGAAUGGUUUCUCCAAAUACCCCGCCGAUUCCCCGAAGUCCAGUACUUCCUACACUUGCAGAAACAGAUGAAGACGACUAA